UUCUAUGGAUUUUUUUUUGUAACUUUGAAUAAUUUCAGUUUGGUUUGAUGAAUUUUUGAUUUGAGUGUGUUAGUAAAAUAACAUUUUAGUUGGUAAGGAAGAUGGAGGAAGAAGGUACAAAGGUGAGACUGGUUCGUUGCCCUAAAUGUGAAAAUCUUCUUCCUGAGCUGACUGAGUAUGCUGUGUACCAGUGUGGAGGUUGUGGUGCAGUUCUUAGAGGAAAACAGUCGACUCCAGCCAGUGAAAAAAGACCAGUAGAAAUAUCGGAUAAUGAAAGUGGUAAAAGGGUGGAACCAUCCAUGAAAGAAAAAGUUAGUCUAGAGUCUAGUUCUCGAAUUGAGGGAGAACAUGAUGAAUUUGGGGUUGGUAGAAGAAAGGGUAGAACACCGCGUGAAAAAAUUCCACACUUCACUGCUAGCUCUUCAUCUAGAAAAGAGAAACGUGGGAUUUUCACUGAUUCUGAUCAAAGUAGGAGAAGAAGGCUUGAUUUUGACCAAAGCAAAUAUGAUGUGUCAAGUGAAUCUCAAGAACUUGGACACCCAUAUGGACCCAUUAGGUCAAGGCCGGUCGGGAUUCAUAGAAAUGCAAGUACAGUUGAAAAGGGUAGAUUUGGAAAUUUACCAUAUUCAAAUGAUGGUCCUUCGAGUUCUCACUUAAGUUGCUUUAAUAGCUUUGGUGAUCAUAACACAAACCAUGAUGGUUUACACGAGCCCUCGAGGGUUCAUGAUUUAGAAAAUGAUAGAGCAGAACUUCUUAAGAAGCUUGAUGAGUUAAGAUCUCAACUUAGCAGAUCAUGCACUAUGGCCGAAAACCCAAAUGGACGAUUAAACAAUCCAUAUCCCUGGCAACAUCAACCUCCACUGAUGCCACGCCAGCCCCAACAUCAUCAAUAUUUACCUCGAACAUACCAUGAUCCUUUUGGUUAUAAUCAAGAACCGAUUCUUCACCGAUCCUCAUGCUCUUGUUCACAAUGUUACAACAUGAACUGGCAGCCAAUUCCUCCAAAUGUACGUCCUCUUCCCUCUUUUAACAGUCAACCUGAACAUAUGACUUACGGUCCCUGCCAGCUGCCACGUCGUCAUUUAGGUUCUCUUGAUUUUGGAAAUGGUAGUUUUGGUAGAAGAUAUCCACGAAGAAGGGUGAUUCUAAGUCAUGGAGGUGAACAUGUGUCUCGUCCUGUAUUGGGUGGAGCCCCAUUUAUAAGCUGUUGUAAUUGUUUUGAGUUGCUGAAAAUACCUAAAAAGCUUACACUGUUGGAAAAGAAUAGUCCCAAGAUGAUGAGAUGUGCAGUUUGUUCUGCUUUAAUAUCAUUGAGACUUGAGGAUAAGAAAAUCAUUGCUUCAGUUUCUUCACCUAUUAUACCAAACACAAAGAAAAAGUCAAACAUAAGCCCUCAUAGCUCUCUUGAUUAUGAUAAAAUUGGCUAUAAUUUUCAGUUGACAGAUACUGAACCAAAUUUAUCAACCAGUGGAGCUGAAAAGAGUGAGGAGCAAAGCCCUGACAGUGUAAUAGAAAGUCAAAAUGGAAAUUUGAGUAAAAUUCAAAACAACGAGUUUACUAAAAGUCAAAGAACCGAUCAAGAAAGGGUGAUUGUUGAUCAGUCUGUACACAAUAAGAAAUCUUUGAAAGAUGCAUUGGUUGCCACUGAGAUAGAUGUUUCUUUAACCGAGUAUUUGAAUUGCGAUGUUAGUAGAGAAGAUGAUCAAUCAAGGAACAAAAAAGGAGGGAAUGAUUCUUUUUUUGCGGGUUUGAUAAAAAAGAGACUUAAAGACUUUUCAAGAUCAAGCAGUGGUGUAGACAAGUUAAGGUCUGAUGUUUUUGUGAAUGGACAUCUCUUGACCGAUCGGAAAGUAAAAAAGGCUGAGAAGUUAGCAGGGCCGAUUCAUCCAGGAGAGUACUGGUAUGAUUCCUUAGCUGGAUUCUGGGGAGUGAUGAACCAGCCUUGCCUUGGCAUUAUCCCUCCAUUUAUCGAAGAAUUUGACCAUCCACUGCCUAAAAACUGUGCUGCUGGGAACACAGGAGUUUUUGUGAAUGGGCGAGAACUUAACCAGAAAGAUUUAGAUCUUCUUGCGGGCAGAGGUCUACCUACAACUAAAGAUAGGUCUUAUAUCAUUGACAUUUCUGGUAAAGUUAUAGAUGAAGACACAAACGAAGAACUAGAGGGUCUUGGCAAGCUUGCUCCAACGGUUGAAAGGGUAAAGCAUGGUUUUGGCAUGAAAGUCCCCAAAACUAUUUCGAAAUGAAACAACUUGUAGAGUUGUAGGUGUUGAUGCAUAUUUCAGCUUUUAAGAUAGUCCAAGUAAAGAAGUUUACAUAUGUGCGGUUUGUGAUCUUUUAUGCAGUAAAUGUAAAGUUACGAUAUAUAUGCAAUUUUUAUUUUUACUUAAA